UUGGGGGGAGUCGCCGCUGCUGCUGCUGCGGUCAUGUUUCCUCUCAAGCCCCCCAAGGCCACCUUCAAGUCGUACCUCCUGCCUCAGACUGAAGACAAGAUAGCACCGGAGCCCAGACUUAAAAAAUUGGAGCCAGUUCUUUUGCCAGGUGAAAUUGUGGUGAAUGAAGUGAACUUUGUGAGGAAAUGCAUUGCAACAAAUACAAGUCAGUAUGAUUUGUGGGGAAAGCUGGUUUGCAGCAACUUCAAGAUAUCCUUCAUUACAGAUGAUCCUAUGCCACUUCAGAAAUUCCAUUACAGAAACCUUCUCCUGGGAGAACAUGAUGUUGCUCUAACAUGCAUUGAGCAGAUAGUGACAGUAAAUGACACAAAGAGGAAACAGAAAGUUCUCGGCCCCAACCAAAAGCUUAAAUUUAACCCUACAGAAUUAAUAAUUUACUGCAAAGACUUUCGUAUCGUCAGAUUUCGUUUUGAUGAAGCAGGACCCGAAAGUGCAAAAAAGGUGUGCCUUGCAAUAGCUCAUUAUUCCCAGCCAGCAGAUCUUCAGCUCCUCUUUGCAUUUGAAUAUGUGGGCAAGAAAUACCAUAAUCCAGCAAAAAAAGUGAAUGGAAUAGAUCCUGGAGGAGGUGGUGGCGGUGGCCAGCUGACUCCAUUGUUUGAGACAUACUCUGACUGGGAUAGAGAGAUCAAGAGAACAGGAGCAUCAGAAUGGCGUGUAUGUUCAGUGAAUGAAGGCUACAUGAUAGCUACCUGUCUUCCAGAAUACUUCGUUGUGCCAUCAUCUUUGGCGGAUCAAGAUCUCAAGCAGUACUCCUACUCCUUCACUGGAAGACGGAUGCCAAUGUGGUGCUGGAAUCACUCCAAUGGAAGCGCACUUGUGAGAAUGGCCAGCAUUAAAGACCAGUUGCAACAGCGAAAAAUAGACCAACGGAUUUGCAAUGCUGUCACUAGAAGCCAUCCACAAAGAAGUGAUGUUUACAAAUCUGAUUUGGACAAGAGUCUGCCAAAUAUCCAAGAAAUCCAGGCCGCCUUUCUCAAACUCAAGCAAUUGUGUGUCAAUGAACCUUUUGAAGAAACAGAGGAGAAAUGGUUGUCUUUACUGGAUAAUUCACAUUGGCUAGAGUAUGUGAGACUUUUCCUGAAGCAUUCCGCAGAGCUUGUAUACAUGUUGGACUGUAAGCAUAUUUCAGUAGUUUUACAUGAGGAGGAAGGUCGCGACCUGAGCUGCUGUGUGGCUUCGCUCAUUCAAGUGAUGCUGGAUCCCUAUUUCCGGACCAUUGCUGGUUUCCAGAGCCUGAUUCAGAAGGAGUGGGUCAUGGCAGGAUACCCGUUUCUAGAUAGGUGUAACCAUCUGAAGAAAUCCGACAAAGAGUCUCCCUUAUUUUUGAUGUUCCUGGACUGUGUCUGGCAACUGCUGGAGCAAUACCCAUCCGCCUUUGAAUUUUCUGAAGCUUACUUGACGAUAUUGUACGACAGCACGCGGAUCUCGCUGUUUGGUACCUUCCUCUUCAACUCUCCACAUCAGAGAGUGAAGCAAAGCACGGAAUUUGCCAUAAGCAAAAACAUCCAGCUGGGUGAUGAGAAAGGCCUCAGAUUUCCUUCUGUUUGGGAUUGGUCUCUUCAACACACUGUGAGGGAUCGUAUGCUAUUCCACAACCCCUUGUACAUUGGGAAGAGUGCACCAUGUGUGCACAAUGGGGCUGUCAAAUACUUUAAGCGAUCAAAGAAGAACUACAGUUCAACACUCAGGGGCCUCCCGCCAUCCCUGAAGAACGGUAUUAUCAGCGAGCAAGACUUUCUUCCAAGAAGAAAUUCCCUAAUACUAAAACUGAAACCAGACUUUCUUCACCAUACAGAUAACACCGCCAAUGGCAUGGAGCAAUAUUUCAGAGAGUGGUUUUCUAAGCCAGUCGACCUGCAUGGUGUAAUCCUGCCCCAUCUCUCUGGAACACAAAUCAAACUCUGGAAACUCUGUUACUUCCGCUGGAUCCCUGAGGCCCAGAUCAACAGUGGUGGCUUCAUAACUGCCUUCCAUAAAAUCUCUUUAUUAGCAGAUGAAGUCGAUGUUCUGAACCGGUGCCUGAGGCAACACAGCGGUACACCACCUUUGCUCACUAACACUUCUGAACUCGAUCAAAGCCGGAUGUACUUUAGAGCAAACGGGCUCAAUGAUUCUUCCACAACCCCCGAUUUCCUUUCUUCCUCUUUCCCAUUUUCUCCUGUGGGGAAUCUCUGCCGACGGAGUAUUUUGGGAACACCACUGAGCAAAUUCUUAAGUGGUGCCAAAAUCUGGUUGUCCACAGAGACACUUGCCAAUGAAGACUGAUGUCUUUAGAGACAUAGAAGGGAGACAAGGAGCAGAGACUGACGCAUCAUUUUUUGCAGCACACUGCUAACCACAGCACCUGAAACUGUAAUAGCUUUAUAUACUAAGGUUACUUAGGUUUUGCACAAAGUA